AUGGACCCAAAGUUCAUCGGAAAGCCGCCGGCGGCGGUGGACCUCGACCGGAUGCCGGAGCGUGGGUCCCACCACCGGCGCUCACACUCCGACACUUCGUUUCGCUUCGCCGGGAACUUCGACGACCUGCUCCUCUUCGACGCCUCCGACCUCGACAUCUCCACGCUCCCCUCGCCGCUCCCGCUGCCGUCUCCGGGGGCAUCCGGAGCGGUGCCGAUGACAGUAGACUUCGACGAGUCCGGCGGAAGGCCGAGGCAGGCCGGGCCGCCUGCUGGCGGGCACAUGAAGAGUCUGUCGGUGGGCUCCGAUUUCUUCGACGGGGUUGGGUUCGGCGGCGGAGGGGAUUUGAGCGGCGGAGGGAAGGGCGACGGUGAGCGGAGGGUGGGGCACCACCGGCACAGCAACUCCAUGGAUGGGUCUUCGACGACGUCGUUUGAGGCGGACUCGUCGAUGAUGAUGGAUGGCGUGAAGAAAGCUAUGGCUCCUGAUAAACUCGCGGAACUCGCUCUUAUUGAUCCCAAGAGAGCUAAGAGGAUUCUUGCUAACAGGCAAUCUGCUGCUAGAUCAAAGGAGAGAAAGAUUCGAUACACUAGUGAGUUGGAGAGGAAGGUGCAGACACUUCAGACUGAAGCAACUAACCUUUCUGCACAGCUUACCAUGCUUCAGAGAGACACCACAGAUUUGACUGCAGAGAAUAAGGAACUCAAACUGCGUUUAGAGGCUUUGGAGCAAGAAGCACAGCUUAGAGAAGAUCUCAAUGAGGCAUUGAAGGAAGAACUGCAACGCCUUAGGGCACAGAGUACUCGUUUGGGUGCUAUCGCAGGAAACCCUUCUUUUGGUGGGAUAUUCAACCAGUUGGCUUCCCAGUUAGCCAUGCAACAGUUGACUAAUUCUGCACCCCAGCAACCACAACACCAGCCACAGGUUGGCAUGCCUCCUCCUCCCUCUGGACAGAACCAUCCUAACUUCAUGGACUUCAAUCAGCAGAAGUAG